CCAAAUCCAAUGGAGUUGAAAAUAAAGCAAAAGCUAAUGGUGAGUCCUGCAAAACCAACUUGGAAAGGGAAUCAAUCCUUGUCGGAAUGGGAUCAUAUCGGAUACACAACUUACACAAAUGUUAUCUAUUUCUACGCCCCAACCUCAACCCCAUUCCAAACCGUUACGCAAACCCUAAUCGAUUCCUUGAGCCACACUCUAGUCUACUUCUAUCCACUAGCUGGGCGCUUGCACAGCUUAAGCAACGGUCGUUUCCAGCUCGAUUGCAACGAAGAUGGGGCUCUUUUCGUUGCAGCCGAGCUGAAUGUUGAUCUUUCUCAUUUCGAGAAAGAUCACUUUACUCCAACUCCUGAGUUUAAUCGUUAUCUUAUUCCCUACAUAAACGAGUCUCUCCCAAUCCACGAACGCCCUAUUUGUCUUGUACAACUUACCAAAUUAAGUUGUGGCGGUCUAAGCCUAGGGUUUACCACCUCACAUGUCUUGGUGGAUGGACUAAGCGGCGCCAAUUUCAUGACCGAGUGGGCUCGAGUCGCACAAGGCUUGCCGUUACAAAAGGUACCUUUUUUUGACAAAAAGGCCUUUGGAGUUGGAUCAAAUUGUUGUGGUUCAAACCCGCUACAGUUUGAUCACUCAAACGACUUUUGUAGUAUGCCGUUUUUGUUGAAACAACCUAACGCCGAAGAGCUUAAGAAGAUGGAAACAACAGUGUUCAUUUUAAAGCUUACAAAAGAACAAGUCCAGAAACUUAAGAACAAGGCGAAUAAUGAUCACAAUGGUCAGAUGAUCAAAAAAUCAUCAUCGCGACCUUACACGUGUUACGAGGCCUUAACAUCUCAUAUUUGGAGAUGUUCGAUUAAGGCAAGAAAGCACUUAAACGAACAACUCACAGCUUGUCUCGUGGCAAUUGACUCUCGUCAACGUCUUCAACCUCCGUUACCAAUUUCUUACUUUGGUAACGGAGCUCUCAACGUAAUGGCGAGCUGUAAAGCGGGAGAGUUAUUAUCUCAACCGUUAAGUUACGGAGCGAGUAAAAUACGCUCCGUAAUUGAUAUGGUUACAAACAAUUAUAUAUUGUCAGCAACUGAGUUUCUAAAAGGUGAACAAGAUUUGACCAAGUUUCAAUACUCUUAUAAAUCUUCAACUAAUGGAGGUGGGAAAUAUAUUGGGAAUCCUAUUAUGAGUGUGACAAAUUGGAUGAACUUGUCGUUUGAGGGUAUUGAUUUUGGUUGGGGAAAAGAGAUCCAUUUUGGGCCUGGUUAUGAUGAAAUUGAUGGUGGUGUUUUGAUACUUAGGAAUAAAUGUAGUGAUCAUGAAAAUGUGUCUCUAUUGAUUUUCAUUUGUCUUCUUGUGGAACAUGUUCAACCUUUCAAGAAAUACUUUUAUGAUGACCUUUAA